UUGCAGUUUUGUCCAUUCCUUUUCAGCUCAAAACUGUGAACCUAAAAACAAUCCGACACCAAAGGGAAGCAUUAUUUCUCAGGUUUCAACACCAGUCUCCUUCCUGUGCUAGAAGAGUGAAGUGAACCAUGGUAUAUAAGAAGGUGAUGGACCCUGUAAAACAGGCGGCGAAGGAGUCUAAGAGCCGGCGGCUGACUAACAUCGAGCGUUCUUCAUACUUCGCACGCCGAGAGGCGGCUAAGGUCUUGAAAAGCGUAUUGCAAGGAGACGCUAAUCGUAGAGCCGUUGGUUCCAUUAAAACCCUCGUUUAUAGUCCCUCCAUAAGGAACAAGAAAGCCACAUUUGCUUUAGUCUGCCAAACCCUAAAAUAUCUUCCAAUCAUCAAGGAUGUAUUGGAGAUUGCUAAUGUAUUAAACAGCAAAUGGAAGAGGCAAGUGGAAUUAAUGUACAUAAUCACCUAUGACAUUCUUUUCGGACAGGAUUCAUCUCUAACAGGAGAUCCAGAAAAGUACCUUAUUUUGAGGAAAAGUCAACUACAGUCAGCUCUUGCAAAGAUCUUAUUAAAGAAGGGAGCAAAACGUAUAGAAGAUUUAAUGUCCCAAUAUAAGAUUCCUGCAGAUGUUAAAAAACCUCGAUAUGUUCGUGUCAAUACUCUGAAAUUGGAUGUUGAAACUGCUGUGUCUGAAUUAAGCAAAGAUAAUAUGGUGGAGAAGGAUGACAUGAUUCCUGAUUUAUUAGUGCUUCCACCAGCUACUGAUUUGCACAAUCAUCCUUUGGUCACAAACGGGAGUGUAUUUAUGCAAGGUAAGGCAAGCUCCAUGGUGGCAGUUGCCCUUGCGCCUAAACCAGGGUGGGAGGUUAUUGAUGCAUGUGCAGCUCCUGGAAAUAAAACUGUACACCUUGCUGCUGUUAUGAAAGGUGAAGGGAAAAUUAUUGCUUGUGAACUUAAUAAAGAUAGAGUUAAGAGAUUGGAACACACCACAAACUUGGCGGGGGCCACCAAUGUGGAGGUUUUGCACGAGAAUUUCUUGAACUUGAAUCCUGAAGAUGAAUUGUAUUCUAAGGUUCGUGCUAUAUUGUUAGACCCUUCAUGUUCUGGAUCUGGAACAGUUGCUGAUAGAUUGGAUUAUCUGCUUCCAUCGCAUUCACAUACCUCAGGUGAUGGUAAUGGUGGUGAUGUGGGCCGGCUACUCAAACUUGCUGCUUUCCAGGAGAAGGCAUUAAUUCAUGCAUUGUCUUUUCCAGGAGUUGAGAGAGUAGUCUACAGCACAUGUUCUGUUCACCAAAUUGAGAAUGAAGAUGUGAUAAAAUCAGUGUUGCCUUUUGCUGCAUCUUUGGGUUUCCACCUGGCAACUCCAUUUCCACAGUGGGCCCGCAGAGGUCUGCCAGUUGUCGAAGGAUCACAACAUCUGCUUCGAACUGAUCCUGUGGAGGAUAAAGAGGGGUUCUUCAUCGCGUUAUUUACUCGUUCUCCUGAAAGCCCUCAGAAAGUUGAGAGGGGUAGUUUGGACAAUUUGAAACAUGAAGCUGUUGGGAAAUGUGAUUGCCACAAAAAGUUUUUAAGGGUUCUACCAUUUACCAGAAUUUCGAGAUUGUAUCUACAUAGAAAUUUAGUGAUGCAUGGAAGGUGAUUCUCAAUUUUAUUUAUGACACAAUUUUGUAUCAUUUUGACAUAAAUUUGUUUUUGGUUUCUAGUUUUUUAGAACACUUCAAUAACUUGGGUUGAAAGGAGAGACUCGUUUGUUGUUUAUCGUUUUCUCUAUAUAUUUAUAAGUUUGUUUUUGCUUUCUA